AUGUCUCAAUUGAAGCCUAGCUUACCAUCUAUACAAUUUUUACUACAACAAACAUCUCCUCAAGAUAAACCGUAUACCCCUCGUCACAGGAAACAAUCUCACAGUAUAAGCAGUCUGCCGGUGGAUCUGCAAAACUUAUCCUUGAAUCAAGUGAAUGGACCUCCGCCGCCAUCGCCUCCACCAUCACUACCCUCACCUAGUUCACUGCAAUCACUACCAUUGCUACAAACGCCGCCUUCCGCUUCAAUCCUUCCAAAGCCCUUGAAUACUACCGCCAAUGGUCUGUUAGCUCCUGGUCCAAGUGGAUCCGCUCGAAGGACGCACGGUCGCUCGUUGUCAGAAGUUACCAUGCCGUCGUCCUUGUCGUCCUUGACACCGACAUCCCCUGGUUACAAAGGAUUCUACCCCACUCACCGUCGUGCUGGUUCUGCGACCAAUGUGGACGACUAUAUGCAUCAUCAUCAUCAUCAGCAACAGGGAUCUUUUGGUCCUGACCAUGACUUUUUACUACCAACGUAUCGUCCGUUCAAUCCAUCCGUGGCAGAUCCGCCGUCACCUCACAGCCAGCCUCCACUCUUUAUGUUGCCUUCAUCGCCACCGCGCAUGUCAUAUCAUGGAAGCGAAGAACACAGUCAUGAUGAAGACGGAACGAAUAACUCGCUUAACCGAUACACAUGUCCUUAUUGCCAAAAAGCAUUUUCGAGACCUUCUUCCUUGCGUAUUCACACUUAUUCACAUACAGGAGAAAAACCCUUUGCUUGUCCCGAAGAAGGCUGUGGUCGUCGAUUCAGUGUUCAAAGCAAUAUGCGGCGGCAUCAACGUGUGCACAGCAAAGCCCGGUCGCCGAAUCGAUAUGCGAAACAAUUAUAA